AUGUGUACCAUGAGGACAGCACAAGCCAUAACCCGGAUGGUGGACACUGGAAUAAGCAUCAUUGAUUCAGCGGAGCAAAUAAGAAAUUCGGAAGAUUCUCUAUCACAAUAUCUGGACAAUUUACUGAAAGAGGUUGCACAGGAAAGAGAAGCGCUAUCAAAGCUGGGAAACAAGCUUGAUAGCGAUAUGAAGAAGAGACUAAAUCCACUUAUCGAGAAAUUAAAGCAGCUUUGCGAUAAGCUUCUUGUUUCUCCUGGGCUUAAGAUGCAACGCCAGGGCAAAUUCAAGAUAGCAGAAAGCGCGAUCAAAGACAAAUUGGACGAAGAAGACAAGAAGAGCGAAUAUACCGUAAUGCGCAAAGAAUUUAUUGCUUUCAAACAGGAGCUAAUGGCAAGCAAGCUGGAUAAUAUUCUGGAAAUCGUUGCAAACAAAACCAAACGGACUUAUCAGAAAUUGCAAUCACUUGAUCAACUCGAGGCAAAUUAUAACCUUAUCAAAUGGAAUGAUUUCACGCAACGCUCGCCAGACGAGUUUGAUGAGCUAUCCCAGCGAGUAGCUACACUUAUAGCGAGGUUGAACUUGGGUUUUGAUUUUAAAGGCCAAAAAUUCGAUAAUACAGAACAGGCAGCGUAUGGCACAUUUGACUGGAUGGUCCGUUUUGACUCUUCCAUUGCUUGUUCUACUCGAAAACUAGAGGAGAAAGAGGAAGAAGUCUACAAGAGGCAUAACGAGGAGAACUUAGAGCGCCGUGCCGAAGCUACACAUCAAUUUCGUUCAUUUCUGAAGGACGAUCGCCGAGUGUAUAUGGUUCUUGGCAAGCCUGGUUCUGGCAAGUCUACUCUCAUGAAGUCUCUGGUUGAGAGUCCACAAGUUAAAUAUGAACUUGAGAGUUGGGCUCUAGAACAAAAGAAAAGGCUGAUAAAGGCUCAUUUUUUCUUCUCUGUUACGUUUGGGAGCGGAGGCCUACAGACAGAAGAGGCUAUGUGUCGUGAUAUUCUGAUUCAAGGACGAGCCGACUCUAAACGACAGGAUCAGCAUAGGUUAUAA